AUGUCUUCCCAAUCGCAAUCUGCAGGCUCUUCCUCCGACCAACCACCGAAUACUACUACUCAACCGACAACGUCCUCCACACUACACGCACGCGACGUCGACUCCGACGAUACGUCCAUUGUACUAGCCCUACCAGCUACCCCAGCGAUGGCAGAAGUCGAAGCAGCAUCCCAAACGUACAGUUUCCUCGCCUCUUAUUUUUAUCCCAAUCCCCCGCCUGCCGCUGCCUUUGCGGCCAUGGCGGGCCUGGCGUUGGUGACGGCCUUGGCUGGGGCCACCCAGGAGUCGAUAGAAGCCUUGCCGAAGGUGACGGUGACGGAGGAAACAACGGCGGAGUGCAGUAUCUGUUUGAAGGAGUUGGAGGUUGGGGAGGAAGCCAAGGAGAUGCCAUGUAACCAUAGGUUUCAUCCGGUUUGCAUUGUUAGCUGGCUCGAGAGGCGUCCUUCCUGCCCGCUUUGCCGGUUUUCGAUGCCUACGAGGGCGGAGGCGGCCGCACAAGGGCGAGGACAUCAAACCACCGGGGUGGAUUCGAUUGAAAUGGUUGAUUAG